UUUUUACAAAGUGCAGCCAAAAGGAAUUUGCAAGUAGAAGUAUCAAAGGCUUUGAGAGCCAUCUAUCUUCCUAAUCCUUGUUAUAUCCCCUAAACUACCUAUAUACUAUAUAGUCUCUUCUCAGUACCUUCUUUCUGGGUUUUUUCUCUUCCCUCUCUUUUUGUGAUGAAUCACUGAUCAUCUUUUUUCUGCAUGCAACUUCGUUUUCUUGGAUAAUAGGGAGGGGGAAAAGAAGCCUUUUAUGAGUAAAUUUUCAAAGAUCGGUGAUACUUGAGUCUUUGAAGUACUUGCAAUAAUUGGUUAAAGAACUUCGCAUCUGCAAUGGGGUCUCUCCAAUACGUUUUCAUUCGCAAAAAACUGAAGUAACCGGAUGUUGAUAAGCAGCAAUUCGUAAGACUUAUCGGCUGGCUGAGAAAGGAUGCCAAACCAGCUAUGGUUUGCACUAGAAAUGAUUUAUCAGCGUGGAAGGAUUUCCCAAAGGGUCUCAGGGUCCUUCUUCUUGAUGAAGACACCAAUUCUGCUGCAGAGAUAAAAUCAAAGCUUGAAGCUAUGGAUUAUAUUGUAUAUACCUUCUGCAAUGAAAAUGAAGCUCUUUCUGCAGUUUCAAGUAGACCCGAAAGCUUCCAUGUAGCCAUUGUAGAGGUCUGCACAAAUAGUAACAAUGGGGGUUUCAAGUUUCUUGAAACUGCUAAGGACUUGCCUACCAUUAUGACUUCGAACAUUCAUUGUAUCAGCACCAUGAUGAAGUGCAUAGCUCUUGGUGCAGUUGAGUUUCUUAGGAAACCGCUAUCCGAGGAUAAACUAAGGAAUAUAUGGCAGCAUGUUGUUCAUAAGGCAUUCAGUGCAGGGGGGGAUGACCUUUCUGAAUCACUAAAGCCUGUUAAAGAUUAUGUGGCUUCUAUGCUGCAUCAGCAAUUGGAAAACGGAGAAUGUAAGCACGAAGACUUGGAUAAAAUAGAAGAUGCGUCCAUGAUUCAUGAAAACGACCAUGAACCAUCAGCAGUAAAUAAUAAGUACCCGGCUCCUUCAACACCACAAUUACAACAGGGAGGAAGAUUGAUAGUCAAUGGAGAUUGCCAAGAACAUACUAACUGCUCAAUGGAAAAAGAGAGUGGGGAGCCGGAUGGGGAAUCCAAAUCUGUCGAAACUACCAGUGGCCAUACAAUUGCUGAAGUAAUUGCACCGGUUGGCCAACAUCAGAAACCAAGGGAGACCAUGGUAAAAGAGGAGGCUGACUCCGUUGAUGGUGCCAAAGGCGAGCGAACUCUGGACUCUCAUCCUCAAGACAGAGUAAAUAGUGAAGAUUCCCGUGCUGGUGCCGAAAAGCCAAAUACUGUUUCCGGUCUUCAUAGCUCACGUCCAAAUAAAGCUAAUCGAAAAAAAUUGAAGGUAGACUGGACAACCGAACUGCACAAGAAAUUUGUUCAGGCAGUGGACCAACUAGGUAUAGAUCAAGCCAUCCCUUCCCGAAUACUAGAGCUGAUGAAAGUAGAAGGCUUGACAAGGCACAAUGUAGCUAGUCAUCUCCAGAAAUAUCGAAUGCAUAAGAGACACAUUUUGCCGAAGGAAGAUGAUCGAAGAUGGCCACAAAGAGAUCAAACACAAAGGAGUUGUCAUCCACAUAAACCGAUCAUGGCCUUCCCUCCGUAUCACUCCAAUCCUGUUCCGGUUGGUCCAGUCUAUCCCAUGUGGGGAACACCUCAUCCAGCCAGCAUCCAGACGUGGGGCUCGCAAGGUUACUACCACCCAUGGCAACCAACUGAAAGUUGGCAAUGGAAGCCGUAUCCAGGGGUGCAUGCUGAUGCAUGGGGUUGCCCUGUUAUGCCCAUACCUCAGGGAAAUUGCUCGACGUUCACUCAAAAUGGGUACGGAUUUCAUUGUUCUAGAACCAUGGAUAACAGAAGUGGCAUGCCUCAAAAUUCUAUCCAACAUCAGCCGGCUGAGGAGGUAAUUGACGAGGUUGUGAAAGAAGCAAUAAACAAGCCAUGGUUGCCCUUGCCCUUAGGCCUCAAGCCACCUUCUACUGAGAGUGUGCUAGCUGAGCUCUCUAGACAAGGCAUCUCCACCAUCCCUCCUCGCAAUCAACGCCUCUAAAUCCUGCUGAUGUGGCUCCACAUCACUCGGAACUGACAUGUCUGGAGUUUGGACCACCCACCUUCGCUGCACCUGCAUGCACUUUCUCCAUUAAUUGACCGAUCAACGUUUGGAGCUACGCGCCUUUUGGGAGCGCGUAGCUUUUUGUUUUGUAUCGCGGACAUCAUGCCAAACGAAGAAACAAAAGAAAGAAAACUGAUCCAGUUUAUCGCCACAGUGAAAAGGAUCAAGUGCGGUCGCUUUCAUUGGUGACAAAAAUUGUAUGGACUAGAAAUAGCCGCGUAGAUUUGAAUGCCACCGCAGUUUCGAUAUGUGGUUGUAAAUAGUUUCUAACAUGAGACAUGAAACCCUUUGUUUAUAUUGUUUUUGUUCAGUUCAAAUAUUUUGUUUGAA